AUGUCUGCGAUUCGAGAUCCCAGCCCCAAGGCACUUUCUUCGUCCACGGCUGCCGAGAAGUCGACUUCUCUACGCGCCAGACUCCGCAGCGAAGACCUGGUCCACCAUCACCACGCAGCCGGCCCUCGAGCAGAUGGCCAAAGCCGCCGCGACAUCUACAGACAGCUCCAAGCCAACUUUUCCGCCGUUUUGCAAGCCGAGCCUUCCAGACCGGGGAGCACGAACGCCCAGAUGGCCCAUAUAGCGGAAUCAUUCGCCCGCUACGGCCAAGAUGUGUACAACACCGCCGUCGAAGCCGUCCAGUCCGCUCACAAAGCCACCUCGUCCGAAAUAGCAGGUUUUCAAGCCCGCGUCUCGUCGACACUCGGCCGCGCCCACGCCCUGUACGACAACAUUGUAUAUCCUCUCUCCGCCACUGUGUGCCAUUCCGAGAGUCUCCCCCGGGCGAGCAUAGCCAAGCACAUCCGGACGCUUCAAAAGCGGCUGUCCGCCGCCGAGGACGAACUCGAAAAGCUGAACGAGGAGUGGAAAGCUUGCAUUGCGGAGGAGGUCCGGAUUCUGACAUGCAAGCGAAACGACGGGGAUGACCAAGCGGAAUGUCUGAAGGAGAAGUAUAUGCGCGAGGUUGAUGAUAUCGUGGCCAAGAAGACGAGCGAGAUUAACGAGCUGGACCGGGAAUAUCGAGAUUUGUUGUGGGCCGAGUCGAAGAAGAUGAUGCAGGCCAUGAUGGCAGACUAG